CACCUUAUACCAACUGCUCUGAGUCUCAGAUAGUCCCUAAUUCAGUCCAUCUAUCUCUGACAAGUUACAACGCUGCCCAAUUCAGUGCACUUUCACGCUGCAGGAUUAACCACUUGUACCUGCUUUUUUAACCCCGAUACUAUGGCUGCGGCAAGGGCGGUGGUGCUGCACCGACCCGUGACCUUUGUGACCGGAAACGCGAAGAAGUUGGAGGAGGUCCGAGCUAUCCUCGGUGGAUCAAUCCCUUUCCAAUCCCUCAAACUCGAGCUUCCAGAGCUACAAGGAGAACCAGAAGAGAUUUCCAAGGAGAAGGCUAGGCUUGCUGCUAAAGAGGUUAAUGGACCCGUGCUAGUGGAAGAUACCUGUCUCUGUUUCAAUGCAUUGAAGGGACUUCCAGGGCCUUACAUGUAAGUUUAUAUUGGACCUGUUCUUGAGGUGAUGUGUUACUUUUGUUAUUAUGAGUUCCCCAAUGUUUUAUAGGUCGAAUGAAGCUUCCUAUAAGGCUGUAUUGGUCUAAAUUAUUGCUAAAAGCAACUAUAUGCUUACUAGAGCCUGUAAAUUUCUUACUAAUGUGUCUUUUAUUGCUCUCUUGUGUGUGAUUCUCACUUAAGAAAAGAUGAAUGUAAUUCUAGAAGUACUCCAUCACUCACCCCAUCAGGCUUUUUUGGCCUUUUGGCCUUUUGGGUAAUGUUCACUUUCCUAUUUUAUUUAUUUUUGUUCUUAGUAUAUUUUUACAUUUGUCUAGUCUCUGUGCAUUUUACAUUUGUCGAAGUCUGGUCUAUUUAAGUCUUUGUUGCCCCAUUUUUAUUUUUAUUUUCUCCAAAGGCCAAACUUGAAACUGACGAACUUCACUUUUAAAAAACAAAAAGCGGUCUUUUGCAGUCACCAUUCUUGUGUGCGGAUUUAUAAGAAAAUAUAAAAUGCGAAUGUUAGUCUUAUCUAAAUCACCAAGCAAGGUCCUUCUCUGCCAAGCUCAAGAUACUUAAGAAACUGAAAAGUAGCAAAUCCUGAUAAUUCUAUCCAUCCUUAGCCAAUUAAUCAAUUAUCAGCCAAUUGAUUCCCUUCUCUCCAUAUGUGGUUAAGAUCAAGAUUGGAUGUCUCAUGCCUCUUUAUUGAACCUAUUCUGUUCCAAAAGAGUUUUUAAAAGCCAAGCUUCUUUUCUGUUUCAACCCAAGUUCCCAUUAAUUGCAACCACAUCAUCAUCAUCAUCAAUACCCCAGUGCCGCAAAGGCUCUCACCUACGGUGGGGUAGGGGGAGGUCGGAUGUACGCAGUCUUACUCCUGUACUAAGGAUGUUUUUACUUGGAUUGUAAUUCCUCCCAAAUCAGUUCAGACCAGACCGGACUUGGAUAGUUAUAAAAAUACAAAGAAACCAGACCAGCAAAUUACAGUCCAAGUUAAAACAUCCUAAAGCAUAGAGAGAUUGUUUCCAGAUGACCCAUAGUGAAAAUCGCGUCCAAAAUUGCAUGGACUGACCGCAACUUCAUAACAAAGAAGUGCAGACAGUUUAGUGAGCCAUUACCAUUAAUUGCAACCAAAAUGUCUAAUUCCUCAAUAAGGGGGUGUUUGGAAUUGAUUCUGCUUCUGCUUUUGUUUCUUUUUUAAAGCAAAAGCAGAAUCAGAAUCAGUUUUCAGAAGCUGGUCACCGCCAGCUUCUAAAAAAACUGAUUCUAGGAGUAUAUUAGAGCACCAGAAUCACUUCCGCACUUUUACCCAAACACUCCAACUUCUUCUUCUACUCCCUGAAGGAGCAGAAGUAGUUUUAAGAAUUAGAUCCAAACACCCCCUAAGUCUGCCAUUACCCUUCUAUGUGGCCAACUGAACUGCCUGACUGCCCGUCUGAGUUUGCAGUAAACCCAUAGACACUUUGUGUAAUUUCCUUUCAUAAAAUUCCAUGUUUUUGGUAACACUUCAUUUCUUCUUUUCCAAAUGAACUAAAGAAUGAUAAUGGGAAGGUUUUGUAUUUCCACAUUACCUUUGGGGCACUGAAACGGCCAGUUCCUAUGAAGAGCCUUAACAGAACAGGUCUAACAUUUAAUCAUGUGUAUAAGUGAGGAAUAACUCCCAGCUUUACCUAGCAUGUUGCAGAAACCAUAGCGGAAAUAAUCAGUGGCCAAUGGAUACCUAAUCAGCACAACACAGGCACUUGGAAGCAUGCUUGACACGUAGCCUGGCUUGCAAAACACUAUCCUCGGGAAGUAAUGCAUUCCAUAAAUUCCAUAUAAAGCCAAAGGUAGACAUUUUGGGGGGAAGCCACUUAUUCCAUGAGUAUUUGAAUCCAAGCUGAAAAGCCACAACUCAUCUAGUUUGACCAAUGAAGGCUUAAGACUCAACUCACCUGACUUAGAAUUGCUCCCAAUAAUUGUGCUUUCCUAGUAAUAGGGACCAGCAACAUCUUCUCAAAAGUACUGGUGGGAAGAGCUGCAAUUAGCCUCUUUCUAUUCUGACUACAAUUAACCCAAUAGUCCUUUAUUCCCUUUUCAUGGCUCGAGUUACCAGCACACUGCAGGAGUUUGCCUUUUGGCAGCCUGUAGUCUCCCCAAGAUGUCAGCUGAUCCAAAUCAUCCAACCACCCAUGCAGUUUGCUCCUCUGUCAGAUCCAAACUUUUCUUCUUCAUUCUUUUCCAAAAACCAGAAUCGCCAUAUUCACCCCUACCAAAGAUGGAGGGAGCUUCUUGCAGCGUUUCAACAUCAGAACCUUACUCCACAUAGAAGUUUGAGAUCUAAUCUCCACCACAACUUUGCAGACUAUGGCAGUAGGUACACAAGAUUUAUCACGUGAAACUCUUAAGAUUCUUUUUGGCACUCUGGUUGCUGACCAACAGGAAGAUAUUGAACAUGAUCUUUAAUCUCUUUAAAAACUCCGUUUGGGGUUCCAAAUAGACAGUGGUGGAUGCAUCAGCUAGACAGGCAUGGAUGUCAGCAGAGGUGGAUGCAGCGGGGGCAAGGGGUGCCUUCUAACCUAACCACACCUGUCCCUGAUAUAGCUAAUAUACAUGUAUGUGUGUAUAGGGAAAUGAUCACAUCAGGCCCUUUGACGGGAUUCUUGUCAGGCCUAUUUCUUUUUUGGCCAUUUGAUCAGUUCCUCAUUAGAAUUAUCUAUUAAUUUUUACCCUUCAUUCUUAAAUUUUUUCUAAGAUACACUACAAACUUACUUUCUCACCUUUUACAACUUAUCUAACGGCUACGAUUAGUUUAUUGAACUUUCCGAUUGCACCAAAAAAUUCAGAAACUACUUGUCCUUUCAUCCUUAAUUUAUGUGUAUAACGUAAUCAAUUUUUAAUUACCUACAUAAGAUUUCAUAAAUAUUUUUUCUACCUAGGUUAUUAUUUCUCACUUUCCAUCAUUUGCAAUGGAGCCAAAGAGUCACUAUUUUUUUGGCUUGGGAUUAUGAUGGAAUAGAUCAAGAUGGCUCAUUGAACUGUCUGCGCUUCUUUAUAAUCAAACAACAGUUGGUCCAUGCAAUUUUUGACGUAGUUUUUGUGUGCUUUAGUACAGGGGUAAGACUGCUUUAUUAUUUCUCACUACAUUUAGAACACGUUGUUAAUGGAGUGGCGUAAUUAUCGUUAUAUGAGUUACCAUUAUAGUUUUAGUUUGACACUUUGACCAGCAUAGCUACAUGUUAUGGGUUAACCACUUGAUCCGAAAUUCCAAACACGUGAUUCAAAAGAACCAACCUGCAACAACAACAUCCAAACCUUAUUUCCAAAAGAUUUCGGGGUCAGCUAGCAUGAAUCGAUCCAUGAUAUUACAGUCAAAAAGAGAAGAUACAAAAAACUAAAAGAUAAGAUAUGAUAAAGAUAAUCAUAAGAUACAAAUAACAUAAGAACAUAAGAAAAAAAAAUAUAAAAAGAUAAAAGACCAUAAGCAAGAUAAAAGAUAAAAAAUAUAAGAACAUUGAAAGAUAAAGAAGAUAAUAGAUAAAAAAGAGAGAGAGAAAAGAGAGAAAAAGAGAUUAAUUGUCCACACAAAUAUGUGUCAUCCACUUUGCUCUCUCCAAAGUCAUACUCCCAUCUAACCCAAGAAGAAGCAUAUAUGUUCUGAUCUUCUAAUCCAAGUUUGUUAGAGUCUUCCUCUCCCUCUCCUCAUGCCUCUUCUCCCAACCAUGUAGUUUGGAAGCGUAUACUGUACAACCAGCUGUACGAUGCCAGCCGUACAGUCAGUGGCAGUUUUAUAAUUUUGGCGAAAGACUUGGCUUCUCUUGAAUGAGCAUUAAUGCAAUUUUGCAACGACGUAGACUCUCCUUGUCUCCAAAAAUACAAGCUCAAACAGCAAAACUACGCCGGCAAAUACGCUUGAAAGAAAGAGAGAGGGAGGAGAGGGAACUACGCCAGCAGAGAAGGGGGCGAGUGAUGAGCACUGGCGACGAGCAGCGAGGUGGAAGAGAAGGGGGCGAGUGGUGAGUGUUGGCGAUGAGCAGUUUGCCUGGUGCGAAAUCAGAUCGAAGAAGCAGGUGUGAAGUCCGGUGUGAAGCCAGAUCAGAGAAGUCUGGUGCAAAGCCAAGAAGCGCAGAAGCCUAAAAAAGCCUGGCUGAACCGUGCGCACGGUACAGCCGGCUGUAGGAUAUAUUUUACAAUGUAGUUUCAGUCUAAUUGAAUUGGCUACUCAUAAAAUAGCUUCAGCAUUUUCUGAACUUUGAAAGGGGUGUUUCAACUUUUCAAGAUAGAUCAUGUGAAAGGAUUGGGGAACAAAUCUAUCCCAUCUCUGUACGAUCAGGUUCUUUUCUAUCUGGAAGAAUAAUGAGACUUUUUUCUACACUGAUCCUCAGACCAUACACAUCUUCAUAGAUCUUUAACAACGCCUUAAUUGUCUGACCUGAGCUCUACUGGCCAUUGGUGAAAAGAAUAAUAUCAUCAGCAAAGCUUAGGUGGGAGGUAAGGGCAUGCCCUUCAUAGAAAUGCACCAUAGAUUUGUUCUGCAAGAGUAACUGAUUGAGAUCCAUACAAAUGCACCAUAGAUUUAUUAUUUUAUUGUGCAAGAAUAACUGAUUGAGAUCCAUAGAAGUGCACCAUAGAUUUAUUCUGCAAGAUUGAUAUCCCUAAACUAAAUCUCAGCCAUGAUAUGAACAGUGUAACCUCCCUCUGCAAAUAAAAACAAUUCACCUUGAGCAAGUAGACUAUUAUCCGCAAUAGAUUUGUUAGGGCUAAAGCCAUUUUUUGUUCACCUUUAUCUACUUGAGAACAUAUCCAACACAAAUGUAUCUUCCAAUGUAGACUUGAGGGAGAAUAAGCUUUGUCUGUACUCAGGAUAUGUUUGACUGUGUUGGCCUAUACUACUAUUAUGUCUUUCUGCAGGGUUUAGUUAAUUUUAACCACUUUAGGGAAGUCCAUUUCUGUUAUAGUUGCAGAGAAGGAUAUGUUGCACUCAUGAGCUUAGCAAGCUUACUGUUUAUGUCGUUUCGUGAAUUUGAUAUCCCACACUAGAAGUCUUUCUUUUGAGUCAAGCUAGCUUUUCAUGAUUAUUUAAUAUUUACACAACUGUGCUGUUUUCUCAUUUUGGGGCUAAUUUCUUUUGUUUUUGGUUUCUGUUGCUGGGUUGCUGUUACUUGAAUGUAAACUACAUUGUCAGCAAGUGGUUUCUGCAGAAGAUUGGACAUGAAGGUCUCAACAAUUUAAUAAUGGCAUAUGAGGAUAAAUCAGCAUAUGCUAUGUGUAUCUUUUCUCUUGCACUUGGACCAAACACGGAACCAAUUACAUUUGUUGGCAAAACUCCGGGGAAGAUUGUUGCAGCAAGGGGACCGAAUGACUUUGGAUGGGAUCCUAUCUUUCAGCCGUAUGGAUAUGAGCAGACUUACGCUGAGAUGCCAAAGGACGAGAAAAACAAGAUCUCUCACCGCUCUAAGGCUCUUACACUAGUGAAGUCACACUUUGCUGAAGCCCAAUAUGCUUUCCAGAAUGAGACGGCCACCUAACCUUUGGGCAACGGUUGGACUUUUUAACAUACAUUGGUAUUUAGAACAGAUUCAUCCAAGAUGCUAGGAUUACUCCAGGGAUGUGCAAGUUUGUUCAUAAGAAGCGAUUAUCUAUCUGAUAUAUGUAAGAUGAUCCCAGUUCCCCAUUUUAUACCCAAGUGCUAGUAAAGUGAUGUUAAUGUCACAAUUACCGUUUGAGAUGCAUCAUGUAUGAAACAAAACUUGAGAGAUAGUGCACAUAUAUUUAUAGCAAAAACGUUUAUAUGAGAUCCAAAGAAGGUUUCUCCAAUAAUAAUAGAUGAAUGUCUGUUCAAUACUAGAAAAGCG